AUGGGUAAUUUGCCAGCAACUAGAGUUACUCCAAAUCUUCCUUUUCACGUAAGCGGUGUGGACUUUGCCGGACCCUUUUUUAUUACUGACCGUAAAGGUCGCGGUUGCAAAAUAACAAAAUGUUAUUUGAGUUUAUUUAUUUGUUUCGCUACAAAGGCCUUGCAUCUCGAAGUAGCAAGCGAUCUCACUACCGAUAUUUUUAUACUAUGUUUAAGACGUUUUAUAUCCCGAAGAGGAAAGCCUCUUAAAUUAUAUUGUGACAAUGGUAAAAAUUUUGUCGGUGCAAAUAAUGAAAUUACUAAUUUUUUCAAAUUUAACAGUGAAAGCAUAUCUGGUUUUGCAGCCGAUGAAGGCAUACAAUUUAAAUUUUCCCCUCCGUAUUCCCCGCAUUUUGGCGGACUCUGGGAGGCAGGUGUCAAGUCUGCUAAGUACCACGCAACUAGAAUAUUAGGCGACAAACAUCUUACGUUUGAGGAGUUGUCUACUUUAUUUGCGCAAAUUGAGGCAAUCCUUAAUUCCAGGCCAUUAACCCCUCUUUCCUCAGACCCCAAUGACCUCAAUCCUUUAACACCAGCGCACUUCUUGAUCGGCAGGCCGCUUACGUCACUACCAACGGAAAAUUUACUAGACAUUAAUUUAAAUAGACUCGAUAGGUACCGAUGUCUUGAAAAGCUGCGUCAACACUUCUGGGAACGCUGGCGAAAGGAAUAUUUAAGCGAAUUGCAACAACGGCACAAAUGGCAGGUUAACCAACAAGCAUUUAAGGAAGGGGAUUUGGCAAUUAUAAAAGAAGCUAAUUUACCACCGUUAAAAUGGCGUAUGGCGCGAAUACAUAAAUUAUAUCCUGGUUCUGAUGGAAUUGUACGAGUUGCAGAUGUAUACACGAAGAAUGGCAUUGUGCGUCGGGCUGUCCACAACCUGUGUCCCUUGACAAAUUCAUCCACAACAGGAGCACCUCAAAAUCCUGAAGACUUUGAGGGGGGGGGGAGGAUGUUAAAUCUUGAACGCGUCCAAGAGUGA